GGAUUCAUGGUGAAGGGGCGUGUACUCCCCUCGGGGGAUGCCAGGGAUAUCAUUUUUUCGUUGAACAUCUGGCAGUCCUGGCUAACGGGGUCCUACCGGUAAGAGGUCUUGAUGCCAAGUGACUCCUUCUAGUGACAUCUGUGUGAAGAAAAAGAUUGCUGAUCAUGGCAGAUGCCGAGCCCACACCUCCUCUCAUGACCGGGCCAGAACUGGUGUCUGGUCUGUGGGCACUGGGUCAGACCCUUCUUUUCUUGCUGCCCGUCUACUUGUGUGGCUAUAUGGGUCUCAGUAUAGUGUUUGUUAUAGUGGGGCUCGCUGUCUAUAUGGGCUGGAAGAGUAAGAGGCACGGCAAGUGGAAUCGACUCCAAUUAGCGCUCGAUACCCUGCAGAAUGAAGAAGCGGUCACUGCCACCACUAUCUCUAUUACCAAGACAGAGCUACCUUCCUGGGUUAACUUCCCUGAUGUAGAGAAAGCAGAAUGGCUGAACAAGCUCAUUGCACAGAUGUGGCCAUUUAUUGGUCAGUAUUUGGAGAAGAUGUUAAUAGACACUAUAGCACCUUUGAUCCGCUCAAGCAAUACGCACCUGUCCACUUUCUAUUUUACGAAGAUCAACCUUGGUCAAAAGGCCCCAAAGAUAACUGGUGUUAAAGCUCAUACAGAAAUGGACAAGAAACAGAUUAUACUGGACCUGAAUAUAAGUUAUGUUGGAGAUGUGGAAAUAGACGUGGAGGUGAAAAAGUAUUUUUGUAAAGCUGGAGUUAAGGGUGCGCAGCUGCACGGGAUGAUGCGAGUCAUCUUAGAACCGCUCAUUGGUGAUGUCCCUAUUAUCGGAGCAAUAACAUUAUUCUUCAUCCGACGUCCGAUGCUGGAUUUAAACUGGACAGGUCUCACAAACUUACUGGAUAUACCGGGACUGGAUUUAAUAUCAGACACCAUGAUUAUGGACAUCAUUUCUGGAUUCUUGGUGCUGCCAAAUCGCCUUGCUAUCCCCCUUGCACAAGAUCUUCAUCUAGCAGAGCUCCGUUCUCCACUCCCAAGGGGCAUUGUGCGUAUCCAUCUUUUGGAAGCUCGUAGUCUGUCUCCGAAAGAUUUUCAGAUGGGAGGAUUGCUAGCAGGAAAGUCUGAUCCUUAUGCCAUACUGCGUGUAGGGACACAGGUCUUCACCAGCCGUACCAUUAAUGAGAACCUGAACCCUGUGUGGAAUGAGAUGUAUGAGGCAAUAGUACAUGAAGUACCUGGACAAGAGCUAGAAGUUGAGUUGUUUGAUAAGGAUCCUGAUAAAGAUGAUUUCCUAGGACGGAUGAAGUUGGAUCUUGGUGAAGUGAAGAAAGUUCAAGUCUUGGACAAGUGCUUCACAUUGAACGGUGCAAAGAGUGGGAGUAUCCAUCUUCGACUGGAGUGGCUCACUCUCCAGUCCAAUGCUUCCCAGCUGGAGCAGAUGAUAAAUUUGAAUAAAACAAUAUCUACAAAGGCCAAUGAACCAUCUUCUGCUAUUCUCAUUGUCUACUUGGAUCGGGCAGAUGACCUACCUCUUAAAAAGUCAUUAAAGCAACCAAACCCCGUGGUGCAGAUUUCCAUACAAGAUGUGACCCAGGAGAGCAGGCCUGUGUACAAUACCAACUGCCCUGUGUGGGAGCAACCAUUCCGUUUCUUUCUGCGUAAUCCAAACUUACUGGACCUAGACAUACAGGUAAAGGAUGAUGAUCGUCAGCAAACCCUAGGCACUUUGUCAGUUCCGCUGAACCGAAUCCUUUGUGCUGACCACUUGACAUUAGACCAGUGGUUCCAGCUGGACAACUCUGGACUGAAGAGCAGGAUCUAUAUGAAGCUUGUCAUGAGGAUUUUGUAUUUGGAUCCAAAUAUAUCUGUGAUCGCAAAACCUGACACAGUUGAUCUGGAGGAAGCAUCUUUUGGAUCCAGUGUUGACCGGCCCCCCCGACCCAGCAAAACUUCUCUUCCUGAGAGCUUUGCUACAGAGAAUGUGCUUCGUGUGUAUUUGCUUGAAGCUGAAAACCUGAUUGCGAAGGAUAACUUCAUGGGUGGCAUGAUUAAAGGGAAGUCUGAUCCUUAUGUAGUGGUCCGAGCUGGUGGCAAAUCGGUACAGACCAGAGUGAUAAAGGAAAACUUGAAUCCUCGCUGGGACCAAGCAUUUGAGAUCCUGGUCACUGAUGUCCCUGGACAGGAUAUUGAGUUUCAAGUGUUUGAUAAAGAUAUUGACAAAGAUGAUUUCCUUGGAAGGUGUAAAGUCCCAGUGAAGUCGGUUCUUAAACAGAAAACCAUUGAUGAGUGGUUGCCCUUGGAGGAAGUGAAGUCAGGAAAACUGCAUGUAAAAGUAGAGUGCCUGUCGCAUCCUACUGAUGCUGCUCAACUAGAACAGGUUCUUAUGGUGAACAACCUGUCUCAGCCAGCAAAUAGUGACGAGUUCUCAAGUGCCCUUCUAAGUGUCUAUCUGGAAAGUGCCGUUAACCUGCCAAUGAAGAAGGGAGUCAAGCCCCCAACAGCAAGCGCAGAGAUAACUGUUAGGAAAUCUACCUACAAAACCAAGGUCGCAUCAAAAAGUAGCAGUCCAGUCUGGGAAGAAAACUUUGUAUUCCUUGUCAAGAAUCCCAGUACGGAAGUUCUGCAGGUUAAUGUGCGGGAUGAGGCCAGUAAGUCCUUGGGGUAUUUGACAAUGCCACUGUCUGAUCUUCUGACUGCUGAUUGUUUCACUGUUGAUGGCUGGUUCCCUCUGAAUUCAUCUGAAGCUGAAAUUCUCAUGAGAGCUCAGUUGAGGAUUCUGGCCUCCCCCAAUGUCAGCCCUGAACUUAAUGCUCUUACUUUUAAGUCUGCUGACCACCCUCCUAGACCUCCUACCCCAGAAAAAAAUGAAUUUAAUCUGGAGUCUGCUGUGGACAAUGAAGACCCCUCUGCAGGAGAGCUGAGACAGAGAUUGCAACACACAAACAGUGAUCCAGAGCCAACAGCUUCUAAUGUAGGUCAGCUGCAUGUGACCGUGUAUUACCCAGCAAAGGAGGGAAAGCUUUUGGCAGUGAUGCACAGCUGCAGGAAUUUGAAUGUUGGUUCCAAGGAGCUCCCUGAUCCUUACUUGUCUGUCCUAUUGGUGCCUGAUAAAAACCGGGCCACAAAGCGUAAAACUAGUGUGAAGAAAAGAACUGCAAAUCCUGAGUUCAAUGAGAAAUUAGAGUGGGAGAUUCCAGUGGAGGAAGCCACAAGGAGGAAACUGGAGAUAUCUGUGAAAAAUAAUGUUUCCUUCAUGUCCAGGGAAAAGGAGCUGAUCGGAAAGGUUAUUAUUGACCUCUCUCAGGUGGACUUGUCAAAAGGAGUCAACCAGUGGUACGAGCUGAAGAGUGACAGGAGCAGCGUCUAAUCAUUUUCUGUGACACUGAGAAGAACGUGAGCCAUGAAUCUCCUCUGGGAGACAUUGCCUGCUGAACCCGUACUGCUUCUGUCCCAUCUAGUCUCCAGAGAUAACAGAAGGAGGACAAAGAAACCCUUCACUGGCAUUUCACAAGAGGACAUGUCAGAGAGUGACAUCCCUGGAUCUUGUGGGGUCCAUUAUGUAGCCAAGCAAUAGACACUGCAAGCAUAAUGAGGAUUAAUGCUGCCUAAGGACUGCAACAGUGUAAAAUGAUAUAUCUUGGCACUCUCGGCUAGUGUUGCCAGUAUAACUCCAUUCCUCCACUCCUAGUCCCCGUGUCUCUGCUGCAUGGCUAUAUUACUGGUGGAGUAAGAUAUCAUCUGCUAUAGUUCAGCAAGUGCUGCUUUUAGAGAUAUCAAGUACACACUUGCAAAGUUAGUGUUGGCUUUUAUGUAGAAGAAAGUAUUAUUGGACUGAUAAUCUUAAUGUUUUUUUCAGAAUCGUGCUUACAUUCUGGCUUGCUGCUUAGAAAUUCCUCAUUAUACCGAGCCAAAGAUGUCUAUAGUUGGAUUUAUUUUUUACCUUUUAAGGCCUUAUACUGUCAGUAUGCCUGUUUUACAUGGUUGUUACAACCACUCCUGUACUCUUUUAUUUGUCAAAUUUCAGCUUUUUUUUAAUUUUUAGCAUCAGAUGUGUGAGUUUUUUUUAUAUAUAUAUAUGUGUGUAUGUAUAUCUUGUGGCACAAACAUACUUUCUAUUUAAGGCAACCAUUGCCAGGCAAGAUUAUGUGGCUCCAAAAAAAUGGUUCCCCUCCAAGCAGAAUAAAGUGCUAAAACAUUCCAUCUUUUACCAAUCAUGACUCAUUGCUGCCAAUUAAAUCUUUAUAUGUUUGAAAUAAAAAUGUAUUCAGUAUUGGCCAUUUUAUUAAUAUUGGCUUAUUAGCCAAAUCUUAGGUUACAUGCUGUAGUCAACCAGGCCAUUCAUUUUUGUAGUACUUUUGGAGACUCUAGGUCAGGACCUAGUCUGCUUGUCUGGAUGCCCUGCCAGCUACGAGACAGCGGACGCAUUGUAUGUAUAAUGUAUGCAAGAUGUAAUGAAAUGGAACUACACAUUAAAACUCCGUUCUGAAAGGUUAGUCAGUUAAAAGGUAUACAUUCCUAUAGAUCAUUGUGCAGCCUUGUUAAGGUGUCUGAAUAAAACCUGUGUGCUGUGCUAUAGUGGAUCGUCAUACUUCUAGUCUGAUAGUCAUAUACAACUUCCAUUAUCUAGCUCAGAUUGGAACCUGAUUGGUCACAACAGGACAACAUGUUUAAUAGGCAGUUUAAUAAAAUGUUAAUAUCUUAAA